UGUUCAACGGGAAGUUUGUCGCGGGUGAAAAAAAGAGUGUGAAAUCGUUCAAUACGCGCAAUCGCGCGUUGUAUCACUCGUUGGAUCUGCGCGAGUGGUACGAUCGAGAUGUGAUAGAUGCGACAAUGACCACUCUGGAGGAGUUCCAGAAACGCGACAGCGGUUGGGCGUUGACGCAGAUACUGAACCUCACAGUAAAUGUGAACAGUCACAAUCCGAUGCACGCGGGAUGUCAGAUUAAAAUAUCGCGCGAGGUUCAGCUCAAACACGCGGUAGUGAACGUACAGUCGCCGGACAAUGCGUGUUUCGCGUGGGUAGUGUUCGCCGCGUUGUAUCCUAGUGCUUCACAUCCUCAACGAAUAUUACAGUAUCCCGCGUACGCGAGUGUGUUGAACCUUGAUGGAAUAGAGUUUCCAAUGACAUUGCUCCAAAUCGCGCGUUUCGAACGCAACAACAACGUGUCCGUAAACGUGUUUACGGCGGUGGAACAGGGACAUGGAUACGUGCCACUGCAACUCACAUCAAACAAGAAGGAGAAGUAUGUGAAUCUGUUGUAUGUUCCCGAUCAACAUGAUGGACACGUGGGACACUUUGCGUGGAUAAAAAAUUUAUCGCGUUUAGUCAGCUCGCAAUUGAGCAAGACUAAACAAAUAAAAUACAUAUGCGACCGAUGUCUACACUACUUCCGCACGAGUGAUAAGCUGGCGGCACACACCGUGGAUUGUGAACAAUUGAACAACAGCGCAGUCAUUCUUCCCGCUGAGGGAAAGAACCGUUUGAAAUUUGAAAAUUACAACAACAAGGAACAGGUUCCAAUGGUGGUGUACGCCGACUUGGAGUGCGUACUCGAGAAACAGGACAAAGAGGAAAACGCAUCGAACGCGCACAAGUACCAAAGACACAGCGUGUUCAGCAUCGGUUAUUACGCGAGCUGCGAGCACAUAGACAUUGGAUACAGAUUUCACAGAGGCGAGAACUGUGUGCAGUGGUUCGUAAACGAGCUGCACGAUCUCGCGAAACGUGCGAAGACCUUGUUCGCAACAAAUGUACCCAUGGCGAAUCUCACACCAGCGGAGUUCGAGCGGUUUACGAACGCCGAGUGUUGCAACGUCUGCGAACGACCGUUCGAGCGAGAUGACACAAAAGUGCGCGAUCACUGUCAUCUGACGGGACGUUUCAGAGGACCCGCGCACUCCGCGUGCAAUCUGAAUUACAAACAGGUCUACGUUGUUCCCGUUGUGUUCCACAACUUGUCGGGAUACGACGCGCAAUUUAUUAUCAAGGAUGUGGCCACCGCUUUCGAGGGUGAGAUCAACGUGCUGCCCGUGACAAAAGAGACACUACAUAUCGUUCACGAAACAUACAAAUUGGUGGAAACAAGUUUGCCACCGCGCGAGGCGUUUUACAGUUCGCUGACCAGCGAGACUGUGAUGGAGAGCGAGUACGCGCACGCGACGAAUGUCUGGCGACGAUUCAACAUCGACAAUUUGGGAUCUUACAGCGACCUGUAUCUGAAGACAGAUGUACUUUUGCUGGCUGAUGUAUUCGAAAACUUUCGUCGCGAGUGCCUCGCGAGUUACGGACUGGAUCCCGCGCACUACUACACGCUGCCGGAAUAUACUUGGGACGCUAUGUUGAAGCACACUCGUGUGACGUUCAAGCUGUUGACCGACAUCGACAUGGUGAUGUUUGUGGAACGCGGCAUACGCGGCGGUCUGAGUCAAUGUUUAAACAGAUACGCCCGCGCCAACAACAGGUACGCGCAAUCGUACGAUCCAUCCGAACCGACGUCGUAUCUGAUGUACUACGACGUUAACAAUCUCUACGGAUGGGCGAUGUGUCAACUGCUUCCAUAUGGUAACUUUGCGUGGGUGGAGAACGCGUACGAGUUUGAUGUGACAACGGUCGCCGCGGACAGCGACGUUGGCUACAUACUCGAGGUUGAUCUAACGUAUCCGAAAGAACUGCACGACGCGCACAGAGAUCUACCCUUUUGUCCGACGCGUGAGGAGCCGCCUGGUAAACAUGGAAAGAAUCACGUUAAACUGCUCGCCACAGUGUUCAACAAGAAGCGAUACGUGAUUCAUUACCUCAACCUACAGCAGUGUUUGCGAUACGGGCUUCGCCUGACGCGAAUACAUCGAGUACUGCGGUUCUCGCAAUUGCCAUGGCUGCGCGGAUACAUCGAACUGAAUACCCGAUUCCGCGCGAACGCCACCAACGAGUUUGCAAAAAAUCAUACAAGAAUAUAA